ACAAUCGUCUUCGUCUUAGCCUGUCUUAGCUCCGGCACGUACUAGUCUCCCAGUCUCGUUUACGUUUUUCGCUUUUGUUUUUAUUGGGUUUGCUCGUUCGAGGUGCGAUUAAUGUUGUUGUCGACGCUGACAAAAGCCGUUCGCAGACAGAGACACCAGGUGCACAGUUCGGCGGCUACCAAAAUGCCGAAGAAGGACUCGAAAAAAGGCGAGCCCAACAAGCAGGACAUCAAGCACGAAGAGGAGUGCAUUUCUGUCGACAAAUCGGGCAAUAUUUGCCUCAAAGUCCAUGCGAAACCUGGGGCCAAAAUGAAUACCAUUACAGACAUAAGUGAUGAGGGAAUAGGAAUCCAAAUAGCAGCUCCUCCGGUCGAUGGUGAAGCCAACAGUGAAAUUGUUAAGUACGUGGCCUCUGUCCUUGGAUUGAGAAAAAGCGACGUCACUUUGGACAGGGGUUCUCGGUCAAGACAAAAAGUCUUGGUCGUUUCUGGAGGAAAACUGAGUGUGAGCCAGGUCAAGGAGCUCAUCCAGAAGCAAAUUGGAUCAUGAUUUCAUAAAUUGGUGUUUCCAUGUAAGGUAAGCUUAUCAAAUUUAAUUUUAUCUAAUCACUCUAUCGCGUGAUGGACAGAAGUUAGAUCUUUGCUGCUUUCAUCUAUCACAUUAAAAAAUGACUUAUGAUAUAAAUUAAUGUCCGCCGAUUAGUCACACUCGGCCUCGUGCAUUUCGCACCACUGCGGCGUGAUGGCGGAGGCCUGGAUUCCUCUGUACUUGUAAAUCGUCCUUGUCCAUCGCAGCAGUCUGCGAAGGGCGCCUUUACUGCUACUCGGGUUGCUCCACAGCCUUUCAGCCAGCGACGCUGAUCGUGGCCACAAAAUUGCGUCCAUGGAGCGUUCAUCUAUUAGCUCUGACCACAAAGCCACCUCGCCGCCCAGAGCCUCAAUAGGGACCUAGAAAAUAUAACUUUUUUAAUUGACUCUGGGUCUUAAAAAUAAAAACGUGAAAACUGCAGCGCAGUCAAUAGGAUUUGCUCAAAUUGGGGAUUUUUUGCUUUGUUUUCAUCUCGGAUUAGUCUUUCAUUCACAGCCAGAUAUUUUAAAAAUAAAAAAUAGCUUCCCUUGGUAGUUAUUAAUUUUGAUUAUUAACUAUUGUUUUCUGAGCUUCCAAUCGUUACUGAAUGAAUACAAAUAAUGCCAUUUUGGCUCGCAUUGUUAAGGCACUCUAAGGAGUGUCAAAGCAAUGGGAGGUAUUUGAGCAGUUCGGAGAUCUAAUACUGGCUACCCAAUGUCAGAGAUGGCAAAAAGUGGUUAGUUUAGUGACUCGAAUUGCUCAAAUUGCUCGACGGGCUGGGAGGCGCACCGGCGCCGACUCGCUACUUGCUGGUUUGCACCUUUCCAGCAUGCGUGAUUUGGCUUCACGGGACGAAUGUCUAGCGUUUCAAUGCAGUCCUCGGUGCGGAGGCAAGUGGCCCUUGAGUGGGCUGGGUCCCUGUGCGGCCUGGUGCGCCCAUGUUAUCUGUUCGCGGUGUUAUUGGGACCCGGGUUUCAGCAUUCGUGCUAGUGCAGUGCGCGCCCUUCCCGGUCCAAGAGGACGGGGAUAAAAAGAGCAAAAAAAUUUAAGAUAUAUGAACCAGUCUAAUCAUCCAUUAAAGUUAAAACCAUUGUGAAAGUGUCUAAAUCGGUUAUAAAUCCGCAUUAAAUGGCAAAUAUUAAGUUUAAGCUACAAAAAUUUCCAUUUUUAACUCUCACAGGGAUGUUUUUCAGCCCGGAAAUUCGUGUAAUGAAGUAAUUUUUUCUCUAUUACCAAAAUUCACUUAUGUAUAUUUUUGACACUUCUAUGCCAUUUUUUGCUUGAGAAAAAUAUCCUUUGCAUCUUGAAUGCAAUGAAAGGAGAUCAAAUUAAAUCUGAAAGUGGUCAUACCCUGGCCUCAUACACCUUCUUCCAAUUGGCGUAUUUGGUGAUGCCCCAGAAUCCGUGGUCCAGGUACCACGCGUCCUUGAUGCUGACUAUAAUUCGGUAUCCGCGGCUUAGAAGAUCCUGGUUCAGGGUCUCAUUGGCGGGCACCCAGGUCUGGAUGACGUAGCGGGCGGGGUCGAGCGUGACAGCAAUGCUCUCGGGCUCAGUCAGCUGGCUCGACCAGAGAAUCACACUUGGCGGCUUUUUGUUUGUCUGGUUGUACGCCUGGUCCAGUUCCUUGAGCGCCUUAGCCUGGAAGUACUGCCACGCCCACAUGUAAUCGUGGUCGGACAGGGGCCUCUGCGUCCUUUGAGUGGCCAGCCAAUCGGUUACGUUGUUCGCCUGCUUCCAACACUCGAGGAACACCUCGUCGCCGCCCAUGUGGAACACUGUGUCUGCGUGAGGAGCGAAGGCCUCUAACAUUUCCCUAAGAAAAAUGCUUAAAUGAAAAUCGACUUUCGUGGAAAGGGAAUUUGGAAUCUAUACAAAAAAGGGUUUUAGAUGUUUUUACUGGAUAUAAAAACUGGGGAAAAUAGGAAAUUUUGUCAGUAUUCAGAAUAUGUUUGGUCUUUUUGCUCAGCCAAAUAUUCAAUAAAAAAUAACAAUCCUCAAAACGUACCCUUUUGGAACAUUUUAAUUUUUUCCCCAAAAUGAAAACUAUCGAUUUGUCUCAUUAAACAAAAAUGAUCGCAGUUUCAGCCCAAUUUUAAGUCACUUUAAAUUUAAUUCAUAGAAAAUUGUGAAAUAAUUAUAAUAAAACGAAGGAAAAUCUAACAAACUCAUCAAAGCCUAAAGCUUCCUAAAAAACUUGUCUUCGUAUUUUAAAACCGCGUCCAAAAUUCCCAACCCUGAUUACUGGGUAAAAUUUAUAACUCAAAAAAGACCAUUAAUGACAUGGAAACUCACUUGUAGAGCUGUCCCAAGAUGGCGUAGACAUUCUGAUUUGCGGGGUUGAGCUGCCCGCAGGGUGGCUGGAUGCAGAGCUGCCGCCACGGCUGCUGCCCGAC